AUAUCUGUUCCUCUCACACACAGAUUCCAAACCUCACCCUACAUGACCUCACCUCCCCCUUUCUCUUCUCUCACGCCUCACGCCUCUGUGUCUCUUCUCUCUCACGCCUCACGCUGCCCUCCUCUCUGUUACUAGAGCAUCACCGCAAGGGUUAGAUGAGCACAACGCAAGGGUUAGGUGAGCACACCGUAAGGGUUAGCACCACCGUCGCUUUGUCUCGGGGGAAUUUGGGGCUUUAUUGGCAUCAAACUGGAAAGGAAGAGAGAAUUAUUUCAAGAUUUGGAUCCACUGUUGUCGAACACUUUUGGUACUAUCACUGCCCUCUUGCAGACAUAGAUUAUGUUCCUUUAUACAGCACAGCAAACAAGGGGUAUAUGUUCCACUAUGUCUUGUGGCAGCAAAUCGAUGGUUCGUGCUAUCGCAUCAUUGAUUAUACUGGUGACCUGUGCAUUUAUUGUUUAUAUAUCUACUGCUGUGCACACGUUUUUGCAUUGAUCGUGCAAAUUCUAAGUUCUACUUGUGUGUUACUUGAUUAUAAAAUAUGACUAAGAGAUUGAAGUAGUAUGUGAACUUGGUGGUGUUGAUUUGGUGAAAAUUGACGGCCUGAUUCCUAUAAAAAAAUUAUUUUUUGGGGCUAAUUAUGAUGAUUUGGUAAGUAUUUACUGUUGCAAAUUAUGCUUAUUUGGAUAUGUUUAAUUUACAAUUGGAUGAAUUUGCUUAUUGAGCUAACAUAAUUAAGUUGAAACAUUUCUAACUUGGAUGCACUAUAUGCACAUUGUUAUGUAUUUUUUUUAGUUGUGGAAAUUAUUAAAUCAUAUUUUGUUUAUAAUCAAUCAUUGAAUUUUGAAAGGAAAACAAAAUCCUACAGAACAGGAUGUUGUUUUGUUAGAGAAUGCACUGAAGUAAUGGAAAAGAAACAUUGACUUGACUUCAAACUGCUUUUUUCAUAGAUGACAACACACCACACAAUGAUAGGAGAAUCCAUGCCGAUGCCCCCACAAUAUCUUGGUCCUCUUGGUUUCUCUUUGUAGCAAAUAGGCAAGUUGACACUCUAUUUUGUUGAAAAAAAUUUGCUCGGAAAAAGUUACUUUUAACUAUGAAGAUAAUUUAUUUUAGCAAUCCCCUCAAACCUAAUUAAAGAAACAUACUAAUUUUUUUCUUCAAGGUGCAAGGAAAUUUACUUGUAUAUAUGAAUGAAGUAGUGUUGUUAAUUAUGGCUUCAUUUUUUGUAGGCUUCUUCAGAGAUUAUGGAGUAGAUGGUUCUUGGACGGUUGAAAACUUAUGGAGUUGGGUUGGUUUUGUUGCGUGUUAGGGUGAUAUUUCUUUGAUAACCAGCAUCUCUAAUUUGUGCUUUUCGACUUUGCUUGGAUUGCUUUUCAAUAGAAUGCUAUUUAUAUACAUAUUGACUGUCUUAAUCUUGUUUUGCUGAUGGGAGGAAAGAAAAAGUGAGCUUUGUUGAUAUCAUCCCUUGCUUCAUAUUGCAUUUUAGACUCCAUUGACAACCUGAGUUUGUGUAAAAUAUUUUUUGUGCCUAAAGAAGCUAUUAAGCUUUCCCGCUAAGUUGUUUGCACUGCUCUCAAGAAGUUUUUGAUUUUGUCUUUUGCAGCCUUAUUUUGGUUUAAUCUUGUUUAUGAUUAAUUGUAUGUUACUUUAUUAAAACUGAAGUUCUUUUAUUUCUAUAUAUAUUUAUGAAUAGAAUAGGAUUUUUUAUUUUUAUUUUUAUGAUGCUAUCUUUAGAAACACCUAACCCUUGUGGGGGCAUAUAAUCUGUUAGUACACUUCUCCAUAUCUAAUUUUCUUGCAGCUCACAUCUCUCUUAUCCCUUUUACAAUCAUGUUGACAUCAAUUAAGAACAUAUCUAUUUAGCUAUACAGAGAAAAGAUAGAAACACAGGAUCACAUAAACAUGAUGUGCACAACAUCAAACUAGUUAGAUAUUUUCUUCAAGAAAUGUGUCUGUUUUUAUAGAAUGAAUGUCUUUGGAGAGAUUUGAAAGGGCAGGUACAAUCUCAACCAAAUUCAUAGACACACAUAUCUCACCUCAUCUGUCUUGUUGUCCCGAAAUAUUCAUAGCAAUUAGAUCAUGGCUUCAGGUCAUCAAAUGAUCAAACGGUUGGGAUUGUUUUGAGGUAGAACGACAAAGGGGUUCUUCGUCCAUCAAAGGAGGGAUAUGAUAU